AGCGUCCGUGGAGACCAAACACACGGCGCUCCCUGUGUGUCUCUGCUCACUCACCAGCGUCUGCCUGCUCGGGUUAGAAACUCUGUAUCUCCCCCCCCCCGUGUUGGUUAAUGACCAGCAGCGCCAACAGGAACUCUCAGCUUCGUUUCUCUGGAUUAUGGAAUCGUCGUCCAAACGUAGCUCUCUUGGAAAUCUCUACGCUCUUUCAAGCUUGGAGAACAUACCGCUGAGUCCUGUCAACGUUAAGCCAAGGCCAGGGUCUCGUCACGUGCCUGUCCGUGGGUCUAGAAACCGUGAUGAAGCUGAGACAUUGAGUACUGCUGCCAACAGCAAAGCUAUAGUUUCUGCUUUAAAAAAUCUUCAGGAGAAGAUUCGUUCUUUGGAGGUGGAGCGGGCAGAGGCUGAGCAGAAAUUGCAACGUCUGGGAUUUGAAGCUGUUCAGUGCAGAAAUACCAUGGAGCAAGAAAGGAAAGAUGUCAACAAGGAGACUGGAAAAUCUAAUGAACUUGCUGUACAGCUGACGACUGUUGAAGGCCGCUGCUUACUGCUGGAGAAACAAUUAGAUUACAUGAGGACUAUGGUGGAACAUGCAGAAACUGAGAAGAACAAUUUAUUGGAAAAACAGGACUCGCUGCAGAUGGAUCGGAACUGGGACCUUGCAGAACUCCAAGCAAAGCUUGAGAAACUGGACAUCCUCGAACAAGAGUGUUUAAAAGUUAACGCAACACAAACCAGGGCUGAAAGUAAAAUCAAUGACCUCGAACAGAAACUUCAGGAAGAAGAACAUCAGCGUAAACUCAUCCAAGACAAAGCGGCUCAGCUACAAACUGGACUUGAAAUAAACAGAAUACUUCUGAGAUCCACUUCUGCUAAAAAGAAAACCAAAGUGAAGAAAAGGAAAGGUGUUGUGAAGGUGGGAUAUAUGGCAAAUAUAUUUUGUGCUCGUGUUUCCUCCGACGUGCAGAAGGAGAUGUGCUCCUCGCCUCGUCAGUGGCCAGGACAAGCCGAAUUUCCAUUCGUUGCUGGCAGAUCCAUUAGCUCCAGCCACUCCGUCACAGCUAAUGUACAGAACGUGCUCCAUCUGAUGAAACACUACGACGGGAGGCCGAGGCUGCCCGAUCAGAGGGCUGCGAAGUAUUCGAGGGAGCUGACCUGCAGCAACGGCAGGGUUAAUAGCGCGGGUGUGAAGUUUGGAUCCCUCUCUCCCCCGCCCUCCCCACUGACUGAGGGGCUCUCCGAGAUCCUUGUGGCGUUGCAGGAUGAGUUGGGUCAAAUGAGCUUUGAGCACCAGGACCUGCUGGAACAGAUACAAGGCACCAAAGACAUCGAUGUCCGUGAAGAUUUGGAACGUGAGCUGGACUGUCUGGUGAAACGGAUGGAGAAGAAAGGCGACCAGAUUUCCAAACUCAAAAAUCACCAGGACCAUGUGGAACGGCUGAACCUGAAAACCAAGAAGGUGCGAAGGCGAAUCGCUGACACAAAGAAGCAGCCAAAAGCUGAGGACGGAAUGAAAGGGGCUCCUCCCAAAGCUGCCGAACCUUCGCGAAAAACGUCCGCUGGGCAGGGGAAGAAAGGACAAGAAAGCCUUCAGCUGCUUAGGAAUGCGCAGAAGUUGCAGACGACCCUGAGGAGAAGCGACAUUGUAUGGGACCAGUGACGGCAGCAGCUUGCCUGCCCAUUUGCUGUGGAUCGUUGGUGUGGAGGAGACCUGUAAAUCUGUGCGUUGGUUGCUUGGUUCAUUUUUCAGCAGAUCUUUGCUGCGCUGAAACUUUCCUUCAAAUGCCUACACGUUGCAUUUGUUUAUUUGACGUUUUUAUGCUUUGAAAUUUUUGUUUUUAAUCGAUAAUUAAAAUCGCUUCUUAUUCCAACAAUGUUGGUGUUGGGUUGCAGAAUGUUUUCCACAUGUGUAACUUGUGUAUCCACACCAAUAACAGCACUCUAAGGAGACGACUGCAUUUC